AUGAGGGACAGUUCAUUUGGAGUCUACAUUCACCAUGGUGGUAAAUUCGUGCAUUUCGAUAAGAAAGAUAUUUAUAAUGCGGGGGAAUGUGAGGGAACUUUUGAACAUGAUCCUGAUAGAUUUGGGUAUUUUGAUGUUGAAAAUUUAGUUAAGAAUCUUGGUUAUGGCUCUUGGAAAAAAUUGUGUUAUCAAAUUCCUAGAACCCAAAACUUUAGACUACUUCAAAAUGAUAAAGACUGCAUGGAUAUGCUUGGUUGUCUUAAUUCAUCUUGUAGAGUCUUGCACGUUUUUGUUGAUGGUGGGAUUAUAUCGACCGAAGUUCCUUCUGACCAAAAUCUUGCUGUUGAGAAUAUGGCUAAGGGUGUUGAGAAUAUGGCUAAGGGUGGUGAGAAUGUGGCUAAGACUGGUGAGAGUAACACUAAGGCUGGUGAGAGUGUGGCUAAGACUGGUGAGAGUAGCACUAAGGUUGGUGGUGAGGAGGCAGAUGAUGAAGAUGAGGGUGAAUUGACAGCUUAUGAUGAUGAAACCAUAGAUUUGGGUGAGUGGGGAUAUGAUGGAGAGUUAGUAGAUAAUGACUCUGAUGACUCUGAUUACAAACCCAUAGAUGGUGAAUCAUCUGAUGAUGAUUUGGCUGAUAAUGAACUUGUGCCAGAUGAUGAAGAGUAUGAGAACUCAAGAAAAAAUGUGAAGGCUAAAAAAAAUAUAUUUGAUUUAGUUGAUGAGGAGCCUGAGAAAGGGAUGGGAUUUAAUCUUGUUUAUGACCAUGAGAAUGCUGAGUCAGAUUAUGCAAGCUCUGGUGAUCAUGACUCUGCUUCCACAGAUGAGGAGUUAGAGGGUAAGAGAAGUAGGAAGUUCAGAUCUACCUAUGUGCCUAAGACUAAGCCGAAAAAGCUUGAUCUGCAACUAGGCAUGAGAUUUGCAGAUGGCUUUGAGUGUAAGGAAGCUCUUAGGGAUAAUGCUAUAGCAAAUGGUAAACACAUCAGGUUUGGGAAGGUUACAAAGGCUAGUUGUAGAGCCACGUGCACACCACCUUGUAAAUGGACUGUAUUUGCAUCUCUUGUGGAGGCUCAUGAUACUUUCAUGAUUAAGACUUAUGUGCCCAAUCACACUUGUACAAGGAAAACCAAUAACAAGCUUGUCAGUUCUAGAUGGAUAGCAACCAAAUACCAAAAUGUUUUCAGGGUUCAGCCCAACUUGCCUAUUAAACUGUUAGCUGAGGACAUUAGGAAUAGGCAUAAGACAAUUGUAACUAGGGAUAGAUUGUAUAGGGCAAGGACUAUUGCCCAAGAGAUGAUGAGAGGGUCAGUUGAAGGGCAUUAUGCCUUGUUGAGGAGGUAUGUAGCUGAAUUGAUGAGGGUUGAUAAGGAGGGGACUUAUAGGUUGUUACUGGGAGAGGGUUCAGUCUUCAGAGGCUUGUAUAUUGGACAUAGUGCACUGAGACAUGGCUUCAAGAAGAGCUGUAGGCCUAUUAUAGGGCUGGAUGGCUGCUUUCUAAAGACCUACUUAGGUGGAAUUCUCUUGGCUGCGGUUGGAAAGGAUGGGAACAAUCAAAUGUUCCCAAUUGCAUGGGCAGUGGUGGAGGUUGAGAAUGAAAGAUGUUGGACUUGGUUCUUAGAGAUUCUUCUCCAAGAUUUAGCUAUAACAGAUGGGAAUGGAUGGAGCUUUAUCUCUGAUCAACAAAAGGGUUUAAUGAAUGCUGUUAGCAAGUUAGCUCCCAUGGCUGAGCAUAGGAAUUGUGCCAGACAUGUCUAUAUGAAUUGGAAAAAAUCUCACAAAGGUUCGAGCUUGAAGAACAUUUUUUGGAGCAUUGUGAAGAGCACAUAUGUGCAAGAGUAUAACAUGAAGUUGGAGGAGUUGAAGGCAGAGAAUGCAGCAGCUUAUGAGGACUUUAUAUCAAGAGAUAUAACAACAUAG